UCUUAAAUCGUAAACAAUCUUUUACGUGACGUAUAUCUCGCGCGAAACUCAGUCUGGAGAGCUAAAGUGAAAGUGGACUAACUAGAAAUGAGUAAAAAAGAUAACGGUACCACUGUCAUCCUCGCCUAUCUGAAUGAGAAGAACCGUCCCUACAGUGCUCAGGAUGUCUUUUGUAAUUUACAAAAGCAGCAUGGGUUGGGGAAAACGGCAGUGGUCAAAGCGAUGGAGCUGCUGGCUCUGGAGGGCAAGAUAAAAGAGAAAGUGUACGGCAAGCAAAAGAUAUAUUUUGCAGAUCAGGCUCAGUUUAAAGAUGUGAGUGAUGCAGACCUGAAGGCAAUGGACUGUCAGAUCUCAGAGCUCAGUGCAGAGGUGCAGUCUCUCACGCAGAGCUGCAGACAGCUAGAUGCAGAGCUUAAAGAACUCAACAGCUCCUUGACAACAGAGGAAAUGAUCUCAGAGAUUCGAGAGCUGAAAGCGGAGUGUUCUGGGUACAGAGCGCGUCUGGAGAAGAUAAAGUCAGCCACAAAUCACGUCACACCUGAAGAGAAAGAGAAGGUUUAUAAAGACCGUGAUGUUUAUGUGAAAGAGUGGAGGAAGAGGAAGAGAUUGGCCUCAGACAUGAUGAAUGCAAUCCUGGAGGGAUAUCCUAAGAGCAAAAAAGAGUUCCUGGAUGAGGUCGGAGUGGAGACUGAUGAGGACUGUAAGGUGGUUGUCCCAAGUACAUGAAAACGAGAACAAAUAAGUGCUUGUUCAGCUACUUUGCCGACGUGAGCCUGUGCAGUGCUUCGCUAAGGAAACAAGAUUACACAUCAGAACCGUCUGAGCCACAGUACAUUUAUUUAUAGCCAGUUUCUUUUGAACAAACAGUACAUCUUUCAUAAAUGUCAAACAGAUAAACAACUUUUUGUAAUUGAAAGUAUAUUCAUACAAAAAUAGCUCUGUCAUUUGUUGAGGCACUAACACUACGUCACAUCAUUAGACAGCACUGAGGGAUGCUUGUCACCUCUUAGGCAACAUUGGUUUAAUUUUUCCCUUUUUUUUAAAGCCAUUUAAAUCAAUCCUGAGCCUACGAUGAAAAUGUCAACAAAUUAUUCGUUAUAGCUUUGAGAACUGCACAUUAUUUGUUGUUCUUAUUACUGUUCAAGUCCAUCCUGUAGCUAUUUUGUUUGAAAACUGUACAUAAGACUUGCAAUGUAUAAAGUAUGGAUUGUUAUUAAUGACCUUCAGGUAUUGAGGGCUUGUGCCAUUUUUUUCCCCUUUAUUUUUUUGUUAAUCAUACUUUUGUAUUGUUUUUUUCACUCAGUAUUACUGCCAAGUUAUUAAAUGUUCAUGACAAUAACUUUUGACACUGAAGUGCAAACAGAAUUUCUCCCAGAAGAAGGACUCAUCUCUUUAUCAGCUGUCUGAAAACACGGAGGUUUUACACAUCA